AGGAAGGAAGGAAGGAAGGAAGGAAGGAAGGAAGGAAGGAAGGAAGGAAGGAAUACCUUUAUUUAAGUGUCAAACUAAAGUAGCAGUAAAUAACCACUAAAUGGGGACACUAAAAAUAAAUUAAAAUUAACAAAACUAUUUACAAUUGAUAAAAUGAGUAUGAAAUUAAUGAGAUCAUUUACCUGUGCAUGAUUGUUGAGUGUGGGUUAGAAAGGAAAGAAGGAAAGGAAAGAAGUUUGGUUCAGAGGCGAAAGAAAACAAGAAGCUACAAGGGGUUCUACAAGCGAAAUCGCAAACAAAUUCAACUGAUGUAAAAUUGUGAAAGAAAAAAAUAAACACACUUCACAGUUCACAGUAAUUCGCUUCCCAUAAAGUACGCCCAUUCGUUUUAUUUUCUUUGAAUAGAGGAGUCAUCGACGUGGAACGCAGAAGGGCCUCUUAAGCUGGUUACACUUUGGCGACGACAACAAUGGUCCGUUGUUCCAUUUAUAUACACUGAGAAAUUGGUCAGUUGUUAGAAAUAAUCACUGGUUCAAAACAAUGGAAGAUGCAUUAGUGCUCUAAAAUGACUCGUGAUUAGUGUUUCAGCACGAAAUUAGAAUUAUUCGUUUCUCAUAUUUUGUCUCGGAAAUUUGCAUGAAAGUAGACAAGGCCCUAAUCUGGGAAAGAUUUGUUCAGGAAAAUACAAAGUCAUCACUUCUAUUCCUUCUUGUACGAUCUUCAAUCACCGCGCCCUUCCUUUCAUUAUUGUGUUAUAUUUUCUUUUGUAAUAAACAAGAAUAGUUUUAAAGGACAGGGUUGGUCUCGAUGUGAAUGAAUUUCCGCCGCACCUGCGACCGUUCUACAAACUUCCACGAGAGCUAAAAGUAAUCUAUUCAAGUAUGUGGAGUGGACCGUGAAGAGCUGUCAUAUCAUUAUUGAAAAACAUCACAUGAAUAUUCACCUCUGAUAUGGGUUAAACUUAACUGUAAAAGAUGUAAAGAAAGCCGCUCGCCUAUCUAUAAAUUACUCGUCCAAAAGACGACUGGGCUGUUUGAAAGAGAGCUGGUAUCGACAUAUAUAGGGUACGCGGUAUUCGCAUGAGCUCUAAAACCCGCACAUCUCUCAACUCGAAAACAACAUUCCGUACGUACAGCGUAAUCGAAUGACACUACACUAUGUUUGCGAGAUUUGUUAUAUUCAGUUUGUUAUUCUGCCUUUCACAUGAGAUAUCUGAUAAGAUUUCCAGUCAAUCUUCCACGUUGCUUCGGGGAUUCAACUCGGGGGACGUUCAAUCGCAAGAGCUGUCAAAGCAAAGGGAGACCGUGCCACGAUUCCUUCUCAACUUGUACAGAAAGCGGACGCUUUUACAUCGUACUGGUGUAAACCAACGGGAGACCGACGUAGUAAGAGUGUUUUUCCGAGAACCCGCAGGGAAUGGCGAGCAUACAGGGCCACUACAUCAUGGAUUUUACUUCAAUUUGUCUGUUAUAGCAGCCGGAGAAAAAGUCAAGAAAGCUCAUUUGAGGAUUUACAAGAAGAAACCGCUGGGCCAAAACACAGAAGGGCAUUUUAAGAUCAGAGUUCUUCGCCUGAAAAAUUUCCAGAACAGGAACAGUGGAGUUCUUGUUGCUUCCCACCUUGUAAGUUACAAGGAGAAAGUCGGCCGGUGGAUCAGCUUGGACGUCACGGCCGCGGUAAAAUUCUGGAUAGACAAGCCUGAAGAAAACUUUGGCUUGAGUUUAACAGUAGAUGGGGUCAAGGCUUUUCCGACAGAUUUUCGUAUUGGAGCACAUGGAAAAAAGGCACCUUUCUUGGUAACAUACUCUCCAAACUCACUGAAAGUGUCAAAGACGCUAAAGAACUGCAAUAAUAGCAUGGUGCCAGAGGAUGAUGACGACAACGUUUCGCAAAACGCCUCAACGACCACGAGAAACCGUGUAAGACGUUCAAGUACACUCAAUAGGUGUAAACGCCGUUGGGCUUACGUACAGUUCAAGACGCUUAAGUGGAACUGGAUUAUUGCCCCGAGUGGUUAUACCGCCAAUUACUGUGAAGGGGUCUGUCCACACGUUCUAGACAUGCAUCUAGAACCGACUAAUCACGCCAUUUUGCAAAGCAUCCUUCACAGAAUGGAUGGUCGGAUUCCAUCCCCAUUAUGUGCUCCGACCAAACUGCAUGGCAUUAGUGUUUUGUAUAAGACAAGCGACAGAUCGAUCGCGCUAACAGAGUAUGGUGGAAUGGUAGUGUCAUCAUGUGGAUGCCUGUAAUAUACAAUGGUUGAUUCUUAAGACCCGUUUUGAUAGAUUUCGUGGAAAAAUACUGCAUUAGUUUGGACACAUAUUUGGCGCAUAUAGUAUUAGUACAGACGAUUGUCUAACUGACAGUUAGAGUCUCUUUGAUUUUGCUGUAGCCAAAAUAUAUUUUUUAAUUGCUUUUAAAACCCUAUAAAUGAUAUUGUGGUUAAUUGCUAAGAAGUAUAACGUAGGCAGGUGAUAUUUUCUCGAGCAAUGCCUAAUUGAGACGAUAUCAACGAGGACACUUUUGAUUCAAGGACAGACCAAAAACAAUGAAUUGUGACCACAUUCUAAACACACUCUAAAACCUACUCGAGCAAACCUUCAAUUUUCUCUAAUAAGCAAAUAGUUCAGAUAUUUAAGCCCCUAGACAAAACAACGUUACGAAAAAUAGACAAUUUGAAAUUCAAAUUUGUGGCUGACAUAAAAAAGAAGGGUAGAACAAAGACCUAAAACGACAGAAGUAUCUUCUUUGGCUACAAAAAUGAUUAUAAAGAGAGCUGACAACAGGGAUCUCAAUAUUUGCGAGGCGCCAAAUUUUUUAUGCGAGAAGAAACUGAACGUGUAAGAAUGUCUAACCCUGGCGGCAAUAAUUAAACGCCAACUAAUAUUUUCUGUUUAAUUGACUAUGAAAAUAAAAAGCACGCUGAGUGAGACAGACGUCGAAGGUCGUAGUGCUAAUGUCAACCAGAUUCCAUCGACCGAAAACGCUUGUUAAAAGUGAAAACGAAAGACUCCAAAGUCUUUCAUCCAGAGUAUGAGCGUUCUCGAGUAACUUGAAAACUUGAAAAAAAAACUCAUCCCUUUUGUUAAGAGAAAACGCAUCAAGUUUAUGAUAAACAGCUAUUAAUAGGUAUUAAUUACAUGCAAUAAGAAUACGAUAUCGUUCAUAAAAAACCCUGAGCGCCAUCAGUCUUAUUGCUGUAGUAGACAUUUUGAUGUCCGUGGUAAUCAAGUGAUUACAACGGUAUUGAUAGAAAAAGUUAUUUAAUUUAAUUUUUACAACAGAAAUUAAAAAGGAUUUUAGAAAGAGACUACGCGUUCUUAAAUAGCAUGCAUUAAAACCCCAAAGAGACUCAUUACAUGUAACUUCAGAGUCAAUCUCGCCGUCGUGAUGUGCUCUACUCGCGCCAAUGUGAUAAUUAUUUUCAAUCUAUUAAUAGUUAAGUUAUAUUCAAAAUAACUUAACUAUUAAUAGAUUGAUCCCGCGAAAGUCAAUAUCACGUUGUCUGUAGGUUUGUAACAAAUUAAACAUUGUUGUUACAAACCGACAGACAAGGAGAUAUUGAAUCUGGUGGGAGAAGAGAACAAAGGCUAAUAUGGAAGCGACAAGCCCGGAACAGAUGAGCAUAGCGGGUACAUACCGUAUAUGGUAAUUUCGGGUUUUUCUUAUGAAAUAGAAGGAGGGUUUAUUGAUCCAUUACUGAGUCUAUUUUGUUGGCAAAGUUAUGUUUAUCGUUAAAUCAAUAAAUUGGAGUAAUUUUUUAACAGUUGUAGAACUUGACGCCCCGCUUAACGGUUUUUAAUAAAUGGAGAACAUUCGA